AUGGCAAAGGCUAUAGGUGAUGCUGAUUAUGUGAAGGAAAUUGAGAAGGCUCGUCGUGACCUUCACGCUCUUAUCUCCAACAGAAAUUGUGCCCCUCUCAUGCUUCGAUUAGCAUAUGUUACUUAUAAUUUGUGGCAUGAUGCUGGUACUUAUGAUGUUAAGACAAGAACAGGAGGCCCCAAUGGUUCUAUUAGGAAUGCACGAGAGUUGAAUCACGCAACAAACAAGGGGCUGGAAACAACAUUUGUGUUCUGUGAGGACGUGAAGGCCAAACAUCCAAAAGUUUCAUAUGCUGACCUUGACCAACUAGCUGGUGUUGUUGCAGUCCAGAUUAAAUGCAGGAGACCAACUAUUGACUUUGUUCCAGGAAGAUUUUCUAAUUCACCAACUUUGUUUAGUCUCAUGCAUGUGUUUCGAUUUUCUAUGUUUUAA